AAGUUCUUCUUUUAUUUAGCAACAUACUAUGAUGAGUCCUCUGGUUAACUUGGGGGGAUCAGUAGUUACCGGAUCAACACCCACCAUGGCUCCAGCAACUCCUUCUCCAUUGACUCCAAUGACUCCACAUUCUGCUGAUCCAGGAAUAAUUCCUCAACUACAAAAUAUCGUAUCAACAGUUAAUCUGAACUGUAAAUUGGACUUGAAAAAAAUCGCCCUCCACGCAAGAAAUGCUGAAUACAAUCCAAAACGUUUUGCUGCCGUCAUAAUGAGGAUACGAGAACCCCGUACCACUGCAUUAAUCUUCUCCUCCGGUAAAAUGGUGUGUACAGGCGCUAAAAGCGAGGAAGACUCCAGGUUGGCUGCAAGAAAAUAUGCCAGGAUCAUACAAAAACUUGGUUUCAAUGCGAAAUUCCUUGAUUUCAAAAUCCAAAACAUGGUCGGCAGCUGCGACGUUAAAUUUCCCAUUAGAUUAGAGGGGCUCGUGCUCACUCACAGUUCUUUCAGUAGUUACGAACCUGAAUUGUUCCCCGGAUUGAUCUACCGAAUGGUGAAACCCAGGAUAGUUCUGUUGAUUUUCGUUUCCGGAAAGGUUGUGUUAACGGGUGCCAAAGUUAGGCAAGAAAUUUAUGAAGCUUUUGAUAAUAUUUAUCCUAUAUUGAAAAGUUUCAAAAAACAGUGAUUCCUUUAUUGUAUUCUCAUUUUGUAUUCUUUUAUGACGUAUGGACUUAAGUUAUUGUAAUUAAAAUUAUUAUUUAAUUGGUUAAA